AGACAAACCUUCUAUCUACUAGUCAAAUCACCUGAUUUCACUUCGUCACGACUCCUUUUUCAGUCACAUCCGCUGCAUUUACAAUGCUCGAGAAGCCUAGGGGCCCAAGUGCGCAAGCUGAGCUUGCGCACGCUAACUGCUCUUCAGCUCGAUCUGGAGUUCCGUCAGGUGCUCCUUCAGGUUUUCCUUCAGGUGUCCAGUCACGCGAUUUAACCAUCCAGCGCUUCCCUCCUAAUGCCGAAGGAGGAGCCGGGUGUUCUUCACGAAGAGAUUUUCCGUGCGAUCCUGGCGCGCCCCGUGACUCUCCUUCGCGCGAUUUACUCCUCAGCAUAGACGUGCCUCCCAACGCGGUGACCGCAUUCGACCCCGCGUUCGACCCCGCGUCCAACGGGGCGCUCCCCUCAGCGUCCUCCAUCCCCGAAGCUUCUCUUGCCGAGAAUUCUCCAUCUUUCAAUAGAGAAGCUUCCUCUGAAUCUCGCAACCUCGAAGCUUCUAACGAAGCUUCCGCCCCGCUGCUCAAGAAGCCAACCUGGCUGGUCAAGAUCCGAGGCGCGCUCACCCCGCGCGAAUGGAUCACCGUCGGAUGCCUCUCCGCCGCGAUCUGCGGGCUGCACGUGAUUGGCUGGGGCACGCUGGUCGUGUUCGUGGUGCCCGGACAUUACGCCUUGGGAGGCGGCGGGGGGACGUUCGGCGUGGGUUUGGGAGUCACGGCGUAUACGUUGGGGAUGCGGCACGCGUUUGACGCGGACCAUAUCGCAGCCAUAGACAACACGACACGCAAGUUUCUAGCAGAGGGACGGAGGACUCUGACAGUGGGGUUCUGGUUCGCCCUCGGUCACUCCUCCGUGGUCUUCCUCGCUGCUCUCAUCAUCGCUGCUGGCUUCAAGGCCUUUGCAGGGCAGGUGGAAUCGGGCGAGUCUCAGCUGCAUGUCAUUCUCGGGCUCGUUGGAGCGCUGGUCUCCAGUCUCUUCCUGCUGCUUAUAGGCGCCAUCAACCUCCUCGUUUUAAUCCACCUCGUUAAGGUCUUCCGAGCCAUGCGCAAAGGCACGGCCAGGGAGGCGGAUCUAGAAGACCUCGUGCUGCAGGGGGGCAUCUUCAACCGCUGCCUGGCCCGCCUGGCGGCGCUCAUAAGGCACCCGCCCCAGAUGUACCUGCUGGGUUUCCUCUUCGGCCUGGGCUUUGAUACGGCCACGGAGGUCGCGCUGCUGUUCAUGGCUGCUGGGGCCGCCUCGUCUGGGCUGCCCUGGUUCGCCAUACUCUGCCUCCCAGUCAUCUUUGCUGCAGGCAUGACCCUACUGGACACCAUAGACGGCUCAUUCAUGAACUUUGCAUACAGCUGGGCCUUUUCCUUCCCCCUAAGAAAGCUUUUCUUCAACAUUGUCAUCACCGGCUUAUCGGUCAUGGUGGCGCUGCUUAUAGGGGGGAUAGAACUACUCCAGCUUGUGAUUGAGAAGGCGGGAUGGGAGGGACAGCCAUGGGAGUUCGUAACAGCAUUGGACCUUAACAUUAUUGGAUUCGUUAUAGUGGGCCUCUUUUUCCUUACAUGGCUUGCUUCUCUAGUCGUGUGGCAAUUGAUGCGGUAUGAUUCAUCACUACCGACGGACCUCUAGUGGUACUGUAUUUGCAGUAAAUAACAUAAGAAUAU